AUGGCGGUGGAAUGGCGGGUCGCUCCGGGACUACAUUCCCCAGAAUGCAUUGCGGCGGGAACAGAGAGAGGGCGGCGACAGCGCCGCCUGGUGGCUCGGAGGAGUCAGAACGGGAGCGCGGCCAUCGCUGCGGGGAGCUGCGGCCGCGCUCGGACACCGGGCGGGGGGACAGGGGGGGACAGCGGGGACAGGGGACAGCGGGGACCGGGGGACAGAGGAUACAGCGCCAGUAUCGCCGUGCGCAGGCGGCAGCGUGGGAAACACGGCUCAGGAGGACGCGGCCGAGGGAAACUGAGGCACGGCGUUGACACCUCCCGCGACCCCACGGCCCGGGGGUUCACGCACCGGUCCGGCCCUGCAGCUGCGGGACCCAGGGGCCGACAUGAGGCGACCCCGGUGCGCCGAGCAGCUCGAGCACGUUCCCGGUCCGGCUGCACCGACCGAGCCUCCCCCGCGCCCCGGUGCGUGAAUUGCCGGCCCCCGGUGCAGCCCCGGUGUACGGACCGGCCCCCGACCCACGGACCGACCCCCGCGGCCGCCCCCGAGCCACCGAUCGACCCCACUGGGCAGCCCCCGGUGCACGGACGGACCUCAGGGCUCACGCACAAAGACCCCCGGUGCAGCCCCCGACCCACGGACCGACCCUCGGAACAGGUUCUGCUGCACGAACCGACCUCCCUGGGCAGACCCCGGGACACGGACUGACCCCCCCGGUACAGUUCCCACUCCGCGCACAAAAUCCCCGGUGCAGCCCCGAUCCCACGGACCGACUCCCGCCGUGCAGACCCCUGUGCACGAAUCGGCCCCUGGAGAAGCCCCCGGUCUCACGGACCGACCCGCGGUGCAGCCCCCGGUGCCACAGAUCAUCCCCCGGUGUACGGGCCGACCUCGGGUGUACGAACCGAGCCCCGGUGUAGCUCCCGGUGCACGGACGGACACACGGAGGGAUCCCCGGAGCGACCCCCGGUGCACUGAGUGACCGACCCCCGGUGCACGGACCGACCUCCGGUGCACUGAGUGACCGACCCCCGGGGGACGGAGUGACCCCCGGUGCACGGAGUGACCGACUCCCGGUGCACGGAGUGACCCCCGGUGCACGGAGUGACCGACUCCCGGUGCACGGAGUGACCCCCGGGGCACGGACCGACCCCCGGGGCACUGAGUGACCCCCGGUGCACGGACCGACCCCCGGUGCACGGACCGAUCCCCUCCCCCCGCUCCCCCCCGGUGCCGCGGUCCCGCCGGUCCCACGCAAGUCCCGGCGC